ACGCAAGUGGAUGGUGUAGCAAUGGGCUCCCCAGUAUCUCCCAUUGUUGCUGAUAUCUUCAUGGAGGAUUUUGAGGAGCGAGCCCUGCAAUCUGCACCCAUAACACCCAAAUUCUACAAGCGGUACGUAGAUGAUACUUUCACAAUACUACCAUCUGACAAAGUCACAGCAUUUUUAAAUCAUCUUAACUCCAUAAACCCCAAAAUUCAAUUCACUAUGGAGUCAGAGGCAAACAACUCCUUAGCUUUCUUAGAUGUUUUGGUUAUCCGUAACCCUAAUAACACCUUGAGUCACACUGUGUAUCGGAAGAAAACCCAUACAGACAAAUACCUUCAUGGUGAGUCCCACCACCACCCAACACAGUUAUCUACCGUUGGUAAAUCAUUGUUUCAGAGAGCACGUGGGAUCUGCGAUGAACAACACCUGGGUGCUGAGCUUCAACAUGUUAAGCAAGUACUGCACGACAACAAGCUCCGAGUACCGCGCCCUCGUCGCAGAACCCGCGUGAAACCAGCCACAGUUGAGCGUCUACCUGCUGUUCUUCCAUACAUAAGAGGAGUCACAGACAAGAUUGGCUACAUCUUGAAGCGAGCUUCAAUCAAAACCUACUUCAAGCCGCUGAAGAAGAUUAGUCAAUUCUUACCACCUGUCAAGUGUCACAUACCUCUACAAGAUGCGGGUGUAUACAAGCUUGAAUGUGAUUGUGGUCUCUCUUACAUAGGCCAAACUAAAAGAAGCAUAGGGACCCGCGUAAAAGAACACAUCGCCGAUGUCAAACACCGCCGUUCCAGACAGUCAGCAGUUUGUGAACACACACUAGACAAGGCCCAGCAUUACAUCAGAUUUGAUAAACCACAAGUCCUUGCAAAAGAAAACCGAUUCCUACCUAGGAUGAUUCGCGAGGCUAUUGAAAUUAAAAAACAUCCAAAUUUCAAUAGAGAAGAUGGCUGGGUCAUACCACCUGCUUGGAAUCCCAUCAUAGAAACUAUUAAAUCAAAAUCCAAGCCUACAACUGCUCGACCUAAGGAUACAGUUAGCUCGUUUUGCGUGAAUCGGAUUGUCAAUAAUAAUUAACAAAAUGUAGGGUAGCUGUUUGUAACUAAUAUAUCAAGACGACCAACACCUUAGUCUGCCCGUGACCAUGGAUGCUGUAAAGGAUCCGAAACGUCGGGAUUAAAUAAUAUAAUAUAACCGCGAUAAAAUCCGUAAAA